CGCGCAUGUGACGUCACGCCGCUCCCGCCUCAGUGAGUUUGUGCGCUCUCCCAAACACUACACGGCGAAACUGGACAGAAGAUCACCGAUUGCGUGAUAAAAUGACCGUUGUAUCACCAAAAGAGUCGUUUAAAGCUCACGAUUAAUCAGGUAUGUGUGCGAUAUGUUGGUCCUGAGAGCGUAACUGGGAUGAAACUAACUUAAAGCGCAACAGGUUGUAUCAUAAUGUUAGCCGUUAGCUGAGAUUAGCUUGUUAGCGCUCGAAUAUACUCUUUAAUGAUUCAAAACAAACCAUAAACCAAAAAUACAACUUCUAAGCUCGUGAAGACACAACAAAUGUAACUUUUAAAUAAGUCGCUUCUGAUAGACACAGCAAGAAAAUCCUUACAGAGAUGCGAUUGUCUGUCAUCUAUUGUUGUAAUGACAGCGCGCGCACAACUCUCCAUGUAAACAGUUCCAGUUUUCUCCUGCCUCCAGCCAUGUCUUGUCGUGAAGUUCACGCCACCAAUGCUUUCGCCUUCAUCAUCGCGAUGCUGUCAGUGGGCGGUCUGACCGUCGCCACGCUUAUUCCCCAGUGGAGAACCACCCGCCUGCUCACCUUCAACCGCAAUGCCAAAAACGUGACCGUGUACGACGGCCUGUGGACCAAGUGUGUGCUGCGAGAUGGUUCUUCAGGUUGCUAUUACUUUGAUGCAGACUGGUAUGCAAAAGUAGACCAGUUGGACCUCAGACUGCUGCAGUUCUGUUUACCUGCUGGUCUGCUGUUUUCCAGCUUGGCUCUUCUGCUUUGCCUCACUGGCAUGUGUAAAACUGCUUGCUGCUCCAAAACUCCUGAUGACAUCAAGAACUCCCGCUGCUUGGUCAACAGCUCAGGCUGCCAUCUAGUGGCUGGGAUGCUUCUGUUUCUAGGCGGGGCCAUUGCCAUGCCGCCCUCCGUCUGGUUCCUGUUCCAAACGCGUAACCUUAAUGAGCGCUACGAUAAUCUGUUUGCUGUUGAGUUUGGGGUGUAUGUGGCCAUUGGCAGUGCUGGUGGUCUUAUCUUAGCCGCACUGCUGAUGUUCAUGUGGUAUUGCAUGUGUAAAAAACUGCCUUCACCCUUCUGGCUACCUCUUCCUGAAGGUCCUGCAAUGACCAACAGCCUCUCUGCACAGCCCCUCAUGGUCAACGGCUUGCCUUCUCCCAUGACAUACGCACCCCAGAACUUCCCUCCGGCUGUUCUGGAUGCCCCCACUUUUGUCCCAGCUCAGGGUUACCCUCAACCUGCACCCACACAGCCUAUGCCGCCCCAUGUCUACAUGCCACAGAUGUCCAUACCUGAUGGUUACGGCUCAGAAGUGGGAGCCUCACAGGGCUAUAGUUACGCUCCCUCUCAAAGCUAUGCGCCUUCUCAGGGAUAUGUCCCAUCUCAAAGCUACACCCCCUCACAGAGGUAUGCUGGGCACCACUAUUCCACACGCUCCCGUACGUCCGGCAUUGAGAUUGACAUUCCUGUCCUUACAGACUGACAUUGUGUUAGUUGUUUCAAAUCAAACAGGUCAAACUGGUAUUCUGUUCCUAUAAAUUAGAAAUGGUAAAUUAGCAGUGGCAGUGAAUUUGAAGUGAACAAAAUGGUGAAAUUGAAAGAAACACCUUUUAUUCAAUUGAUGUAGCAGGUUCCUCUUAGUAAUAGCACUGAAAAUGGCCAAACAAUGGAAAAAUGGUCAUCAAACCAAUAAGUGGAAUUAGAAAAUUGUGCACCUCUCUCAAUGAGCUUUAUUCAUAAAACACAAGCAUAACACAUUUGUGUAAACUGUUCAUAAUUUCACUGAGUAUGUUGCAUUGAAUUCAGUGUGACAGGUUUAUGUAUUAUGUACACAGAAAUUCAUUCCGUUCAUGUUUCAUGACCUUAUGUCUUUAUUCUGCUUUUAAACCUGAACAGUAACACUGAACUUAAUGUUGAUGUUAAGCACUGUUUUAACCUGUUAGUGAAUAUUCCUGCUUAUAUCUAAAUGUGAUUAGUAAAUGCUAAAAAGAGACGCAACCUACACUCUGUUUUAUGACUGCUUACACUAUUCCUACUGUCAAUGCAUGACGUUUCAUAUUUGCCUUUUUAUGUUGCCUUAUUGUUGUAAUACCUGAACAUCACGUUUUUGUUUUGUUUUAUUAACUUUCUGAUGUUACAUAAUGUGAAGGAGAACUAAUUUUUACCUGCUGUUUAUUAUUAUUUUUGCAAUGGAAAAAAUUUUUAUUUCAGUUUUGUUGUCAGUUUAAAAACUGUCAUGAUGCUACAUGAACACUUGUGUAACAGAAUCAGUUUUUUUAAUAUGUUUAAGGGUUUGCACUUUUGGAAAAUAACCUUGUAGUCUGACUCGUUACUCAUCUCUGCCUGAUGCCUUUGAGCAGUUUAACUACUGUUAUCAAGACUGUACUUCCACUUUUUGAUUUAUGCUUUGUAAUGAGCCUUACAUGAGCAACAAACCAUGAAUGAAACACUACACUGCAUUCCACUCUCUUCUUUUAGUGCAGAUGUUUUUAUUGCAUUUUAAAGGUGUCACACCAGAGAAGUCAUUGCAGUGUAACUCAGAGCAUUUGAAUUACAUGCUGUAGUAGUAUGUUUGUUUACUGUUACAUAGUCACUUAAUCCAUUGCUAAAAAAUGAGAGAAAAACACUAAUGUCUUAAAAACAAAUAGUUCCUGUUACAUUGCCUAUGACAUAUUGCACAGAUGAAUUUCAUCUUGCCUGUUUCUACAAAGCUGUAUUGCAAAAUGUUUUUUUUUUAUGUAAUGUUUUUUUUCUUAUAUAUAUAUUUUUUACAUAACCUGUAUAGAGUACUAAUGUCUUGACUGCAAUUUAUUAAAUGAAAUCUGCUGUGAUUUGUUUAAAUAUAGAGCUGUCCCUUGGUUUCUGAAUUGCUUUCUUCAGGGAGAGUAGAGUUAUU